CCUCGAACACCCACCUCUGGUACAUCACGGAAGAACCUUCCUCUUGAUUGAUCUUAAGCUAAACAUUUCUAUCCCCCAGUGAACAUGAAAAUUCGCCUCUGAUCCGUCACGGAAGAACCUUCCUCUUAAUUAGUCUCAAUUUCUAGCCCCCAAUGUGUGAACAUGAAAAUCCACCUCUGAUCCAUCACACACGAACGUGCUCUUAGUUAGCCUUAACCUCACAAUUUAUAACCCCCAAUGAAUGAUUAAAAAAAUGGAAGAUGAAAAAGAAAUUUGAUGCUUCUCGUUCGCAUUCACAUAGAUGCCUGCAUCGAAUCCCAGUUCUGGGCCACAUUCUAUAUACAUUGUCGCUUGUAUUUUGUCAAUCUGCUUGCUCGCGGGAGGGGCGUGCCUUGCAUCGUACUUGCUCCUUCCUGAAUCUGAGAACUCGUCCUCGCUAGCCGUUGCAGGGGUGAUAUUGGUUUGCCUUCCAUGGGCGUUUUGGAUAGUCACAUUCUUAUACCGAGUCUUGUCACGUACGUUUGGGUUUAGACUUGGAGCUGGUGGGGCGGCUAACUGUGGAGGAGGAGGUGGUGGGAAUUUCAUCGAUGUCCCUAAGAAUGCCAAUGCAGGAUCUGGUGAAGGGAAUGAUCAAGGUGGCCCUAAUGGGUUGAAUAGGGCACUAUCUGUUACUUCCCAUGAGAGUGAAAUGCCAUUGAAUAGCUAAAUGGCCUCGUGAUUGUAUUUGGAUUUUGGCUCCCACUUGCGGCACCUACUUUUGCUGCCAUUCAGGGGAGGCAAUAAAGCCAUUGCCCAUUUCUUAAUUUCACAUGUUUG